UCUCUCUCUCUCUCUCUCUCUCUCUCUCUCUCUCUGCAUAUGUACCUACCUCACCUCAAAAGCCCAAAGGCCUGAAAGUCUCAGAAAGAUUACCCUCUUUCUUAAGUUUCAGCCGUCGAGCUCAAUCGAAAGACAGAAGCAAAUGCGAUCGAUACCAAAACUAGAACCAGCAGCAGUAGCAGCGGCAGCAGCAACUCAAUAUGUAAUACAUCUCUCUCCACCAACCUCUUCUCCAACAACAACAUCAAGAUGCGAAGCACAUGCUUGCAGGUGGCAGCCCUACUCCAAUUCCAGAGAUUUUGAAGCAAACGCUACUAUAGUCCUCAUCCUCCUCCUCUGCUCUCUCGUCUGUGCGCUGGCUCUCAAUGCCGCCAUCCGCUGCUUCCUACGUGGUGGCCGCAGUCACCCACCACCUGACAGCAGCCCUCCCCAAAACGAACAGCAACAACAUCAUCAGCGGAAGACCUCCAUGCAGAAAGAUGCAGUUGAUGAUCCAUUGGUGGCAGCUCCCACGGUGGUGUUCUCGGUCGGGAUGAAUCUGGCUGGGGCGGAGGCCGAGUGUGCCAUUUGCUUAUCGGAGUUCGUGGAAGGAGAGGGCAUUCGGGUGUUGGUAAGGUGUAAGCAUGGGUUCCACGCGCAGUGCAUCGAGGAGUGGUUGUCCUCCCGCUCCUCGUGCCCCACUUGUCGCAGCAGUUGUCUCCCUUCCCCUCCAUCUUCACGAGAAGCCACGGAACCCUGCCAAAGGAAUCGCAUCCAACAAAACCUCCCAACCGCCGCCGCUGCAACUGCAACUCUCUCAUGAUUACGAUUUGGAGGUGCUAUAUAUAUGUAUAUUUCCAUGUCCUGCUGCAGCUAGCUCGCUAGCUAGCAAUAAUUACUAGGAUUAAUAAUAAUUUGCAUGAUUUUC